GAGAGAGAGAGGGAUCGCUUGCUUCCUGCUCCCUAAGCAGGGAUUUGCCUGCGUUGCGCGGCGCGAGGACUGCGGCUGCUGAUUUACACAGUUGGCGCGGAGGAGGGGCCGGGGUGCGGGGGGCCGAGCUGGCUGAGGCUCCGGUAUGGGCUGAUCUGGGGGCUCCCGAGCGCCGCUCCCUCGGUGCGCGAUUUGGGGGCGGCUGAUGGAUUUGCAUUCGGGUUCCAGCCUCGCGUUUUCCUAUAUUGCUUCCUAAUACCCGACCUGGCGCUCCCGGUUUAGGAGCACACGUUGUUUUGUAAUCAACCACGAAUGAUGAAACCUUCCAGAGCUGAGAUGCUUCACAGAGGGAGGAUGUUGUGGAUAAUUCUUCUAAGCACAAUUGCUCUAGGAUGGACUACCCCGAUUCCCCUCAUAGAGGACUCAGAGGAAAUAGAUGAGCCCUGUUUUGAUCCAUGCUACUGUGAAGUUAAAGAAAGCCUCUUUCAUAUACAUUGUGACAGUAAAGGAUUUACAAACAUUAGUCAGAUUACUGAAUUUUGGUCAAGACCUUUUAAACUGUAUCUGCAGAGAAAUUCAAUGAGGAAAUUAUACACCAACAGUUUUCUUCACUUGAAUAAUGCCGUGUCCAUUAACCUUGGGAACAAUGCUUUGCAGGACAUUCAGAUGGGAGCUUUCAAUGGUCUCAAGAUCUUAAAGAGGCUAUACCUACAUGAGAAUAAACUAGAUGUCUUCAGAAAUGACACCUUCCUUGGCUUGGAGAGUCUGGAAUACUUGCAGGCAGAUUACAAUGUCAUUAAACGCAUUGAGAGUGGAGCAUUUCGGAACCUAAGUAAACUGAGGGUUCUGAUUUUAAAUGAUAAUCUCAUCCCCAUGCUCCCUACCAAUUUAUUUAAGGCUGUCUCUUUAACCCAUUUGGACUUACGUGGAAACAGGUUAAAGGUUCUUUUUUACCGAGGGAUGCUAGAUCACAUUGGCAGAAGCCUAAUGGAGCUCCAGCUAGAAGAAAAUCCCUGGAACUGUACCUGUGAAAUUGUGCAGUUGAAGAGCUGGCUAGAACGCAUUCCUUACACCGCCCUGGUGGGGGACAUCACCUGUGAGACGCCUUUCCAUUUCCAUGGAAAGGACCUGCGAGAAAUCAGGAAGUCAGAACUCUGCCCCUUGUUGUCUGACUCAGAGGUGGAAGCUAGUUUGGGGAUACCUCACUUGUCAUCAAGCAAGGAGAAUGCGUGGCCAACGAAACCUUCCUCCAUGCUGUCCUCUGUCCAUUUUACUGCUUCUUCUGUUGAAUACAAGUCCUCAAAUAAACAGCCGAAGCCCACCAAACAGCCCCGAACACCAAGACCACCCUCUACAUCCCAAGCUUUAUAUCCUGGUCCAAAUCAACCGCCUAUUGCUCCCUACCAGACCAGACCACCAAUUCCCAUCAUUUGCCCUACUGGGUGUACUUGUAACUUGCACAUCAAUGACCUUGGCUUGACUGUCAACUGCAAAGAACGGGGAUUUAAUAACAUUUCUGAACUUCUUCCAAGGCCACUGAAUGCCAAAAAACUGUACCUGAGUAGCAACCUGAUUCAGAAAAUAUACCGGUCAGAUUUUUGGAAUUUUUCUUCUUUGGAUCUCUUGCAUCUGGGGAACAAUCGCAUUUCUUAUGUCCAGGACGGGGCCUUCAUCAACCUGCCCAACUUAAAAAGUCUAUUUCUCAAUGGCAAUGACAUAGAGAAGCUGACACCUGGCAUGUUCCGGGGGCUACAGAGUUUGCACUACUUGUACUUCGAGUUCAAUGUCAUCCGGGAAAUUCAGCCCGCAGCCUUCAGCCUCAUGCCCAACUUGAAGCUGCUAUUCCUCAACAAUAACUUGCUGAGGACUCUGCCGACGGACGCCUUUGCAGGCACAUCCCUGGCUCGGCUCAACCUGAGAAAGAAUUAUUUCCUCUAUCUUCCUGUGGCUGGUGUGCUGGAACACUUGAAUGCCAUUGUGCAGAUAGACCUCAACGAGAAUCCCUGGGAUUGCACUUGUGACCUGGUCCCCUUUAAGCAGUGGAUCGAAACCAUCAGCUCAGUCAGUGUGGUGGGAGAGGUGCUCUGUAGGAGCCCUGAGAACCUCACACACCGUGAUGUGCGCACCAUCGAGCUGGAAGUGUUAUGUCCAGAGAUGCUGCAUAUUGCCCCGGCUGGAGCGUCCCCCGCCCACCCUGGAGAUUCUCACUUUGCUGGGGGCCCAACGAGUGCAUCACCUUAUGAAUUAUCUCCUCCCGGGGGCCCUGUGCCACUUUCUGUGCUGAUCCUCAGCCUGCUGGUUCUGUUCUUUUCCGCAGUCUUUGUUGCUGCGGGCCUCUUUGCCUAUGUGCUCCGGCGGCGUCGGAAGAAGCUGCCCUUUAGAAGUAAGCGGCAAGAAGGUGUCGACCUCACAGGCAUCCAGAUGCAGUGCCACCGGCUGUUUGAGGACGGUGGAGGUGGUGGUCGUGGAAGUGGGGGUGGAGGCCGACCCACGCUUUCUUCGCCAGAGAAGGCUCCUCCCGUGGGUCAUGUGUACGAGUAUAUCCCCCACCCGGUUACCCAGAUGUGCAACAACCCCAUCUACAAGCCUCGCGAGGAGGAAGAAGUGGUUGCUUCAGCAGGGCAGGACGCAGGGAGCACAGAACGUGGGUGUGCUGGGACACAAGCACCGGGAAUGGGCGAGGUUCUCCUAGGAAGCGAGCAGUUUGUGGAGACCCCAAAGGAGACCCACAGCAACUACCGGACCUUGCUGGAGAAAGAGAAGGAGUGGGCCCUGGCAGUCUCCAGCUCCCAGCUCAACACCAUAGUGACGGUGAAUCACCACCACCCUCUUCCCCAGCACUCUGCGGCUGGUGGGGUUCCAGGGGUCGUUGGGGGAGCUGGGGGAGACUUGUCUGGGUUCCGCCACCAUGAGAAGAAUGGUGGGGUGGUGCUGUUUCCCCCCGGGGGAGGCUGUGGUGGUGGCAGUAUGCUACUUGACCGUGAGAGACCACAGCCGGCCUCCUGCACAGUUGGAUUUGUGGACUGUCUGUACGGCACAGUGCCCAAAUUAAAGGAGCUACAUGUCCACCCCCCUGGCAUGCAAUACCCAGACUUACAGCAGGACGCCAGGCUCAAAGAAACCCUUCUCUUCGCAGCUGGAAAGGGCUUCACAGACCACCAAACCCAAAAAAGUGAUUACCUCGAGUUAAGGGCCAAACUUCAAACAAAGCCGGAUUACCUCGAAGUCCUGGAAAAAACAUCCUAUAGGUUCUAACGGAAAGAAGAAAAUAAAUUAGUGAUCUUUUUUUUUCCCAAAAGAAAAGGAAAAUAAAAGAAAUAUAUCCCUUGCUCCUUUUACACUUGUCUCAAUAUCUCCAUCCUCACAAUCUUCCCUGCCCUGAACAGAAUUGAAAGCGCAUGAUAACUACAGAAUUCAGAUGGAUGCUCUCCCCUCUCAGAGUGGUUUGGAGGAAGGGCCAUACUCAGAUCAUUAAUCAAUGAAGUGCCUUCGCAGACUUUUGCCAGCAAAAGUUAUCAUUAUUUUUUAUACUGAAACUUGAGACUUUGACUGUGCCAUGCAUAAGGUAUAUUGAGGAUCAUUGUAUUGAUCCCAAUUAAGUAAAAUUCAAUGUGUCUUUUAUUUUCAGUAACUUUUUUCUUUAAUUGGAGUUUUGUUUGAAAAGGAGGGGGGGAAAUUGACAUUUGUGGCUCCCUUCCCUCUUCCCAUCACGGCACAGUUUCUGUACAUGUAUUAACAAUGCAGUUUGCUGCAUGCCUGAAAACUGCAAGACGGGAGGGAGGGGGCGGGUCUUGCUCGAAUGUUCUCACUCAAUCUUUUGUCUCUCUCACACACUCUUAUAGGCAAACCACAAAUCCCUGCAGACAAUUAGGUUCCUAAACUUGCAGUUGUUGCACACACACACACACACACACACACACACACACACACACACCGCUCCCUUCUAACCCAAUCUGCUUAGUUCGGGUUUGAUCUAUCUCUCUCCUCUCCAUGUCUUCACCUUCCCUCACUCCUAGUGUACAGCUCAGAGCUUCUCUCCCAGGACCCUGGGAAAAGUCACACUCGAGGCUGGAUCCUACCGAAGUGAAGGCCCGGUGGUUUAACAGCUGGAAACACACCUAGGGAUAAGCACCCUCUUUGUGACACUUCAUCCUGAUGCCAAGAUUUUUUGGAGAACAUCUGCACUUUCUUAUAUAUAUCUAUAUAUAUAAUAUUAAAAAUAAAAGAGCAACUGGAUAUAUAUAUAUAUAUAUCACUAACAGCUUUGUAGGAAGCACUUUUAAUGUUUUCUCUCACACACAAAGGUUCAAAAGAAAUGUGCAUAUAUUUAUUCUGUAAUUUCAGUGAUUAUAAAUUGUAAAGGUAAUGUUUAAUCAUUGUAUAGUGAUUAUGCGUCUGGUAUAGCUUCCCAAUAAAAAGAUUUUGAAAAUCAUAAUACAUUAUAUAUAGAGGAUACAAAGCUUGAAAUUCAAAGCUUCAGCUAUGCCAUACGUUUUGUGCUCCCAUUUAAAAGUAAUUAUUUCUUUUACUUGUUAUUCAGAAAGCUAAUUUUUUAACAAGUUUGAUGCACUGUGAUAUUGAUAAAUCUUAUAAUCCAUCUCCCCUACUCCAUACCACAAUACAUGUAGGACUUAAUAAUGUCUGAAUUAUAGUUCAUUUCUUUUUCUUGGACUGUGAAUUUCAAAUUUAGUACCCCAACAAGGCACUCUUUCAUAGGCAUGAUGCUAUUGGGAGAAAAUAAAGUAACUAGAUUGCUAAGAAGUAUAGAAUUAUCAGAUGAAGGCAAUCAAGAAUCCAUGCAUCUUAGGCUAGUAAACGACACAAAGCAAAUAGAAAGUGAAAUUGCUAUCUUUUAAAAAUAUGCACUAAAAUUAUAUAUGGACCGAUACUCCACUCCCACCUCCCCACACUUGACACAAUCAAAAUCAAAAGCCUUGAAGUGAUGCCAAUUUGACUGUCAGAAAUAUAAUAUUUAGCCACUGUUUCUCCUAACCACUGAUGGCAAAGGACCCCAGUAAUGUUUGAACUUAAAACAGAGAAUGCUGAAUGAGUGCUAUUUUACAUAUGAUAGUGGGAUGAUGUGGAAAAACUAACUUGACAAUAAUACAAGUUAUGUUCCAUUUGCCUGUGCAUGAAACCAAAGAAAUUGGGUUUGAGGAUGCCAGUAUUUUGAUAAAGAAACCUGAAUUUUGAGCCAGGCAGGGAUCUUGCUAGGCCAGUAGAGGGCAGCAGAGCUCCAACCAGCCACAGACUCCGCAGCUACAGAAUUGCAGUGAGACCAGUGUUUUGUGCCAGUUUCCUCAAGCUGCUCUUAGUAGAAAUUAUCAUUACGUGUUGAAUGUAAUUCAUCAUAAGUCACUGAUGCCUUACAUCACAUUUUUCCCACAAAAAAGAAUAAGACCAGCAUUUUUUAAAGCUGAGUGAUAGGUAAAGCAUUAAGGAACUGUAUUAAAGAAAAGACCUAAGGAUAUCUAGACUCCAUGUAACCCUUGAUUAAUUAUGUAUAACUAUCAUCAAAGGAAGCCAUCAAAAUUAAAUAUACAAAUAUAACACAAAAAAGUGCAACUUUUCUGUACUAUCUUGCAUUUGAUGUGUUGAACCUAAAACUUUGACCGUCAAUUAUUUGAUGCAUAUUUUACAAUUACAUAGGGGGGGAAAAAAAACACCACGGACAUAAUUUACCAUAACUUUAUGGAAAAUACUAAAAUGAAGCUGUUCUUAUUCAAGACAGUCAGCCCAACUAUUAAAUAUGCUAUUUUUCUUCUCUUUUGCUCUUUUCUCCUUUUGAUUUUUGAGACAGGGUCUCACUA